GCAAAAUGAAGUGAGCAAAGUUUAAAACAAACAUGUCGGAGUAGAAACAAACAGAACAACCUAAGAUCUCCAAAAACCCUAGUGAACCCAAAAACCUCCGUAACCAAGAAUCAAAAAAUUGCUGUAAAGAUUUGUGAUAAGAGAAGAUGGGCGAAUCAGAGGCAAAAUCAGAGCCUACAUUAAAAGAUCAAGGAAAUGAGUUCUUUAAAGCUGGGAAUUAUCUGAAAGCAGCAGCUUUGUACACUCAAGCUAUCAAGAAAGACCCAUCAAAUGCUACUCUUUACAGCAAUCGCGCUGCAGCAUUUUUGCAUCUGGUUAAACUUAGCAAAGCACUUGCUGAUGCUGAAACGACGAUCAAUCUGAAACCAGAGUGGGAAAAGGGUUAUUUCAGGAAAGGAUGCGUACUAGAGGCUAUGGAGCGCUACGAUGACGCCUUAGCUGCUUUCCAGAUGGCAUCAAAAUUCAAUCCACAAAGUUCGGAAGUAUCCAAGAAGAUGAAGACAAUUACACAGUUGGCUAAAGAUAAGAAGCGAACUGAAGAGCUGGAGAACAUGAGAUCCAAUGUUGACAUGGCAAAACAUUUUGAUACAUUGAAAUCUGAAUUGUCUGAAAAAUAUGGAGCUGAAGAUGGCUGGAAAGAAUUUUUCUCAUUCCAUGUUGAAACAGUAGAGAAUGCUGUUAAGUCAUGGCAUGAAACUUCAAAAGUGGAUCCUAGAGUUUAUUUCCUUCUGAACAAGGAGAAGACAGACACAGAGAAGUAUGCUCCAGUUGUUAAUAUAGAUAAGGCUUUUGAGUCACCCCAUACACACAGCGAUUGUUUUGCAUUUCUUCGAAAGUAUGCUGAAGAUUCUUUUGCUCAAGCUGCGUGUUUAGUGACACCAAAAAGUAUCAUAUCUUAUCCACAGGUCUGGAAAGGUCAAGGAUCAAGAAAAUGGAAGCAUGGACAAAAUGAUGGGUUUUUUGUCCAAUUUGAAUCUCCUUCAGUACGGAGGUUGUGGUUUAUCCCUAGCUCCACCGAGAAAGGCAAAACCUUAUGCAGGGAUCCAGUGCCUUUGGAUAUAAGUGCACAUGAAAUUCUUCCGCGUGUAUUCAAGCAAGUAUAGUUAAGACAAUUGCAGUUCCAUAUCUUGGGUCAGCUCUUUGUGGGAUCGUAUUGGGGAGAAAAUGGGCUUGCUGUCUACGAGGUAAAGCAAGCACAAUACAUUACUUUGGGGAUCUAAAUUUUCAUUGAAUUGGCGCAAUAUGGGCAAUGCUGUCAAGCCCCGGCGUACACUUAUAUUGGCGAGGUUAUGUUAGCUGUUGAGAUGUCAAAAUCUUUUGUAGUUUUCCUAUAGUAGAUUAGAAUCUCUCAGUGUUGUGUGGUUCUGUGUAUUUUCAUUUCACUUUGUCGUUGGCUGUUUGAUGCCGGCAGUGAGUUCUGACUGAUGCUCGUUGAAGUCAUUUUUUCAAAUGUUUUUGGAUUGAAACAAUUGUAAAUUUUCGCGGCUCGAAGCAAUGUUGCUGUUGUUACCCUAA